AAUAAAAGACAAAAGUUGAAAAGUAUAAUUAUUUAAUUAUUAUUAAAAGAAUUUAAAGUAUAAAGUUUUCAGUUGUAUACAAGUUUGAUUAAUAGUUAAUUAUUGAUUAUUGAAUAAUAUUAUCUAAUGAGUAAUAAGUAAUAAUUUUGUUCAAAUUCAUAAUGAUUAUUACUUAAAAAAAAUAAGAAUAAAAUAAAAAUGGGAAACGCAUCAAGCCUAAAGAACCACGUUGAAACAUCUAGGAAAACAGGUGUGCUUAAUUUAUCAGAUAGUCAUCUUAAACAGUAUCCAGAUUCUAUUGACGUGCUUCAUCCUUUUUUAAGAAACUUGGAAUUGUCUAAAAACAAGUUGAAAACAUUACCAAAAUCUAUUGGCCAAUUCAAAGAAUUAAAGAUACUUAAUGUCAGCAACAACUCUUUAGAAAAUCUACCUGAAGAAAUAAACUGCUUAUCAAAGAUUGAAACAUUACAGGUGAAUUGUAAUUUAUUAAAAUCGAUACCUCCAUUGAAUAAUUUGAUGUUUCUAAAACGCGCCUCGUUUGGAGACAACCAGCUUAGUAUAUUUCCAGAAUUUUUGUGCGAAUUAAAACAUCUGGAAGCAUUGGAUUUGUCUAAGAAUAACAUCACUCAAUUGCCUGAACUUAUAAAGCAAUCAAGAUUAGUUGAAUUAAACCUAAAUCAAAAUCAAAUUAGAAAAUUGCCAUCUAGCUUAGCACAAUGCCCCAGACUAAAGACUUUGCGUGUAGAAGAAAAUUGUCUAGAACUGGAUGAUAUUCCAAAAGAAUUAUUAACAUCGUCUAAAGUGUCGUUAUUAUGUGUUGAAGGGAAUUUAUUUGAUAUGAAAUCAUUAUUAGCAUUGGAAGAAUAUAGUAUAUACAUGACACGAUAUACCGAAGUUAAAAAAAAAAUGUUUUAAACUUAUUUUAAUAUUUUCUAAUUAAUUAUUGAUUUUUAUUUGUAUUUAAUAAAAAAACCUACAUUACCAUGCACAUCAUCAAUUUUUUAAUUAAUAUUUUAUAAUUGAUUUUUUUUUUUUUUUUUUACUUGCUUUGGUUAUUUUAUAUUAUGAAUUAUGAUCAACUAUACACAUAAUUACUGUGAUUUUUAAAAUUUAAACCAAUCUUAACAUUUAUUUUUUGUUAUUCUUUAACAGUUAUAGAAUAGGCCCACACAUACCUUGUAGACAGAUUGUGCUUAAAUAGUUGUAUAAUUUAAAUAAUUAUAAAUUUAUAAAAAAAAUGGCACAAUAUUAAUAUUAUAUAACAAUAUAUUUUUAAAAUCAAUAUUUGAUGCUAUUAGUUAUUACAUUCUUUUAGCUCAUAAGUAAAAAGAUAAAUAGUUAUAAAACUUUUACAAAAUAUAAAAUCGUCUUAUUGUGUAUAUUAUUUAAGAGAGAAAAAUAUAUUAUUUUUAUGUUAAAAGG